CAGGAAUGGGGCGGGGGGCGUUGGGAGCUUUCCCGGGAAAGCCGAAACUUUUCCGGUUGCUGCCCCCGCCGAUUUAAGGUCCCUGGGCCCGCGGGACCGGGAUUCCGGGAUCCCGGGACGUGCCCUGGGUACUGGAACUUUCUCCUCCCCCUCUGGGGCGGAGACCAUUCACUUCAGAGACUGCAAGGGGCCGGCGUGAUUUAGGGAAGUGAGAGUUCGUGGGAAAGAUCUCCAGGGCCAAGUCUUGUGCUCCGCGGGAGGGCCUCCUGUUCUCGGUUUCGGACCUCCUCACCCCAUGACGGCCCUCCUGCUCCUGGCAGGGCUCCUGCCAGCCGCCGCCGCAGCCGCCUCGAUCUCUUGCUAUGGGGACAACGGACAGCCUGUGGACUGCUACCCUUUCUCCCUCCCUCCUUCCCUCUCUUCUCCCCAGGUUCGUGACCUACAAGCUACCUGCCCUGCCCCAUAACUUGAAAGAACUCAAGUACAUGUAUGUAGAUGGGAAUAGCGGGGGCUGGAGAGAGGGUGCCACAUCCAUCAACAGCACCCAGGGGGCUGUGGGGCGGACCAUGAAUCAGCUAUACCAAGGCAACUUGAAUGAGCUGGCUUACUUACUGUACAAUGACCAGCCACCCUCAGAUAAUGGAGGCUUGGACAGCACCAACAGAGGACACACCAAGGGUGUGCUUCUUCUGAACAGGGAUGGUGGCAUCUGGCUGGUCCACAGUGUCCCUCAAUUCCCACCACAUGCUAAGUUAUCUUAUAGCUGGCCCCCGAAUGCUGGGAAGUUUGGACAGACCCUGCUCUGUGUCACCUUCACUUAUAGCCAGUUCCAAGAGAUUGGCAAACAGCUGACCUAUACCUAUCCCCAGGUAUAUGACUACAGGCUAGAAGGAACCUUUGCCCAGGACCUGCCGGAGCUACUGCAUGCUGCAAAAGGUCACCAUGUGGAUAAGGGCCCCUGGAAUCGAAGAGUAACCCUCACCUCGAGAGGGGGGGCUGACUUCCAGAGCUUCGCCAAGUUUAAUGACUUCCAAGAUGACCUGUACUCGGGCUGGCUAACCAGAGCUCUGGGAAGUGACCUGUUCGUCCAGUUCUGGCCCAGAACAAGUGACGUGUUGCCCUCCAACUGUUCUGGCCCCUUCCAUGUGUUAAAUGUGGUAGAGUUGGCCUUCCCUGACUCAGCUGUGCCUGCCUUCACUGCCACCCAUGACCAUGCCAAGUGGUGUGUAGCACUCAACAGCACCUGGACCUGCAUAGGGGACCUGAACCGCAACCGGGCAGAAGAGCAUCGUGGUGGGGGUACUCUCUGUUCCCAAAUGCCUGCCCUGUGGAAAGCCUUCUUGCCCCUGAUAACCAGUGGGUCUGACUUCCUUACUGUUGCUCCAACAAGACACUCCAUCUCCUAACUCCAAGCGUUUCACUGGCUCUCGCCCAAGACUGAUAUUCUCUCCUUCCUCACCUCUGCUUCCUGGCUUUCCUGCCUUCUUUAAAGCCCUAGUUAAAAUUCCACCUUCUAUGGGAAGUCUUUCCUGAUCCCCCUUAAUUCUAGUGCCUUUCCUCUGUAGAUUGAUCACAAUUUAUCCUGUGUGGGGUUUGUUUGAACAACUUAUCUUCUCUAUUAGAUUCCUCCUUGAGAACAGGCACCGGGUUGUUAUUGGGGUUGUUUUGUUUUUUUCUCCUUUUUCUAUAUACCCAGUCCUUACCACAGUGCCUGGGAUAUAAUAGAUGCUUAAUAAAUGCUUGUUGACUUACUGAGUAGGGGUCCAGUGACAGAUAACUCUGUUUUCCAAGGACCUCUUUUCAGGUUAGUCUGGUUGGGGUUCAGACCUGGGGUUGGAAGAAAAUGAUGUAUUUAAAUAAAUUGAGACAAAAGAUGAAAUGAGACAUGUAAACAAAACAUUUAGCAAAAGAUGUUUUGUGAAUAUAAUAUUUAACAAAAGAAGUUUACUCAACAAGAUGUGUAAUGUGGCCAAUAAAAUCUUUAGACCAGACAUGGUA